AAAUACAAGAAGGCAGCGGAGCGGCAGGGAUUUGGCGUGACCGUCCCGUUGGGAACAGGGUGGCCCUGCCUCCCCGGUGCCCGUUCGCUGUGCCGAUGCCGCGCGGCGUUGGCCAGAUGCGGGCUCUCGGCAGGGCAGGCAGCCAGCGGGCUAUAUUUAGCAACAGCAACAAAACAGGCAGCGGAAUCAGCUGACUGUAGGCAGGGAGCCUGAUGCUCGGGUUAGUUUUAGACAGCACAUAUUCUGCCCUGAAAACGGGGAGAGGGAGAGACGCGGGAGCUGAAGGCCGCCCGUCUGUCCGCACCCGGCAGCAGCGCAGCCAUGGCACCCCGGAUAAGACUGAAUCUUUCAAAGCCUCUCCCAACCAUACGGGAAACCCACGAGGAAGCGAUGGAAGAUUCAACCAGCAACCCAAAGCGCACUGGAAGCACUGCAGCCAGCCCAGACGCGUACUCCAGUGAUGACUACGCUCAAUCCAUCUGCCACCUCGCCAGACCCACCUUCCCGGGCCUUCCUGAAAGCAUCCGUAAGGUUCAGGACAGAAAAACCCCGAAGACCCUUGAUGACAGGUCAUGGUCUCCUUCACAGCAGGAAAUGUCAAAAUGUAAAUUGACCAAUUUCAUCUCAAAUGUGGUGCCGCUGAGAAAAGUCACCCCCGCGGAAGCCAACUUCUGGUCCAGAGAGGACCCCCUGGCACAGAUUUACACCCACGCAGGAAAGCUCUGCUCCUCCAAGGCUUCUUUGUACGGUAAAAGCUCCAGCACUGGUUACUCCCAGUGCAGCUCUUCCUUCCCCAACAGUGAACUUCAUCCCCCAACCAUGAAAGACAAAGCCACAGGGAACCCCAACUCGCCGCGAGUGUUCAGUUUUCCAAGACUUCCCUCCCCAAGACCAGUGCAGAAAGAAGCGGUCUGCUUGGAGCUGAGGUGUCCCAGAGGAGAGGAGGGAGCAGUUUUAGCGAGUAACCUGAGUCAGAAAGAAGACGGCUCCGUGUUCAUCGCUGGUGAGGAGCCUUCGCCGUGCUCAGCCAGAGGGAAGCUGCUGGGAAACCCAGUCUUGUGCUGCUCUGUAAGGAAGCAGAGUUGUUUGUUCAAUACAGCAGGCGCCAAUGAAAAAGAAGGGAGAGAAACUCCUCAAUGUGACAAAAAUGCAACGGGGGGUGUCCCCACUAAGCAGAGAUACUCUGAGUGCUUCCAGGUAGCUAAAAAAGCCGUGAUCCAUAACUGGAUUUCAGAGCACAGAUGCAUCUGGAAAGAAGCAAAGGUAAAAGCUUGUUUGCUCCCAGCCAUCGCUGAAGUGUGAAGAAGUAGCUGCUCAGAAUAAUUUUAUUCACAAGAAAUAACUAGAAGCUCUCCCUGGAGUCCUUACACAGAAAACAUGGCUUGAAUGUGCAUGCAAGUCGGGCAGACUUUAGCGACCCAUCAUAUCCCCCGUCAGUGGGCAAAGGCACAAUUCAGAGUCUCAUCCGCUAAGGAAACAGCAACUGAUUCUCAUUCUGGAAAGGCAACAGCUCAUAAAGCAUCUCCCCCCACCUAUUGCCCAGAACUGCCCUGAGCACGGAGAAAAGCAGAGAAUAUAAACCCCAUCUGCUCUGGAGGAGAAGAGAUCUGCGGGAACAUCAGACUACUGGUGUUUUCCGGCAAAUGCCAAACAGCCAGACGUCGCCCACACCUGGGUAAAGUUAUUCUGAAAGGAACAUUUUGACCGAUGCUUGGACAAUCCUGCGUGUGCUCUCUGUGACACAUACGUUCACUAGGAGACCCGCUAUAGAUCACCGUCAACACCAGAAUGACCCUGGGUAGGUCACCUGUUAGUGCAGUACCGCAAAGAAAUAUCUUUAAAAAAAUAUAAGAAGUCUUUUAUGAGGAUUUGCUAGAGGGCAACAUCGAGAAUAUCAAAACUCCUCCAGGUGGGGGGUUUCCUCUUGCUUACCCUGGCACAACCCUGUUACCGUCACUCCUUGCUUCACCCUUGGCAGGAGGAGAGCCAGGCGCCAGCGCUGCGGCUCUCCUGGAGCUGUAACAACCUGUGAUGCCACCUCUAAAAAACCCCGGUAUCGCGCUGGUCUCUGCCCCGUCGCCCCCGCACCAGCCGGGCCGUGCACCGUGGGCACCCCCAGCGUGUGCUGCGGGGGUGUGGGAGCCCCAGGAGCUCGCGGGGGCUCCGCAGGCUCAGCGGCACCACGCGGAGAGCAGCUUCGGCUGAGGGACAGCCUGGGGACGCCGGGCUGGCCUUCACGGGACCCGAACGUAAAACAAUCAUUUCUGGGUUUCCCUUCCUAUCUGUGCUUCUGUGUUCUCGCCUACCUGGCCGUGCUAACGCUGCUGUCUGUGCUUCGCCUGCUGCUGUGAGACCGCAACGUGAAAAACCCACACGUGCAUGUUACAACCCCCCAGCACACCACACGUAUGAGCCAAUGCAGCUGAUGUUAGUGCUGCACGGGGUGCCCGUAGGAAGAGAAGCAUUCCCGCGCUGCUGCGCGGUCCCAGCGUGGUGCGGUGAGCACGUGGCCACGGCCAUCCCUCGCUGCUGCGCGGAGACAUCUGCACCCAGAGAAGCGUCUGCUGCGGGCAGGACGGCCGCGCGCACCCGCGUUUGGUACCGCACUACGGCACUCUCCGUAGCCAGACAAGAGAAGGAGGUGAGAAAACUGCAAAGCAAUACUAGCGUGAUUAUUACUACUACUACUGGGAAUACAUCUUUUUGGCACAGAGGAGAGCAGAGGGACCAGGCUGUUUGUUCAACCGCGGUUAAGGUGGGAAAUACCACCGGAAAGCUGCAAUUAUACAAAGGCUCGCAAGUGACUUCUCAACCACCCUCAAGCAGACUAAAUCAGAAGGCAACUUCUGCUCAGUACCAACACGAGUGUAAAUACGCCCGAGGAUCAAAAGGUGAGCAUAUUCAAGCUUCUCAUUCCCACAUCUCUUACCUCAAAUAUUUCUUCUCCUGUUGAAACUCAUUAGCGCUGUGGAGCUGAACUGCUUCUCGUCUUCGUUUUUGAACUAGCCCCGUGGCAAGAACAAAAGUGAAGGUGGCUCCAGCAUUUGUCAGAGCCGAUGGAGAGAGCUGGAUCAGGGAGGUGCCGGCCUGCUCUGCCUCCGCAUCUUUCCCUUCCUUCUCAGGUUAAUGCCGGGAUUCAAUGAUGCUUGUCCUCAUUGCCCUGCUGACGUUUUAGUUUCUCUCUGUGUGAAUGUUUAUGACACUAAUGCCUAGCAAGUCUUGUGCCAACUGCAUGUAUCACUGCUUUUGACAGAGAAAACAAAUAAAACCGUUACAUCGA